GUGCUUGUCAAUAUUUGAUAAUUGAUUUCCGAAAAAAAUAGGUUGUCGACUUUGUCAAAUUACAAUAAUAUGGACGAAAUUGAAAAAGAAAAAAUAGCGGCUCUGCCUUCACAAUUGCUGAUUACUACAAUAUGUCACCCUAUGGAGUAUGCGAAAGUGCUCAUUCAACUCGGAUACGAGCCUCUGCCGCCGCGGCGUUCGACAACCCUGUUCGGUCGGCCCGCUAUGAUAUUACCUAACGUCUUUCAAUACAUAAAGUUCAUCAAGAAGUCCGACGGUUUCUUCGGUUGUUACACGGGAUUGUCGGCGAGAGUGCUGGGGUUGAUCGCCUCUAGUCAGCUAACCUCGAAGGUAAUACAUGCCUGUGGUAUCGAUCUACCGGAGAUCAACGAUCCUCCAAACAUCGUAUCGGACGACGAACCCAAACUCGAGGAUUACUACAAGCUCGGGCGUCGGGAUGUGAUCAUGCACACAGCGUCCGUCUUGGUGUCCUAUCCUUUCCACGUAGUGUCGGUAAGGAUGAUGGCUGCAUUUAUCGGAAAAGAAGAAGAGUACAGUUCUCUGUUGGGCGCAAUCGUAUCAAUUUACCGAGACGACGGUAUCCUCGGGUUCUUCCACGGAAUAAUACCUAAGCUGCUUGCAGAUUUGACCUGCGUUGCUGUGACUGGAAUUUUGGCCUACUAUGUUAACAAAUAUCUGGUGAAAACGAAAGAUUUAAGAUAUUACACACUACCAUUGCUCACAUUUGUAACUAGCACAAUAACCUACCCGCUAGUGGUUGUGUCGACAUGUAUGGCGGUCGCUGGAUGCAGUCUAAGGGCUGGUAAUCCACCUCUGAUGCCCGCCUACCCAUCAUGGCAAGCUUGCUGGAGAGAACUUCUAAGGAACAAGCAGCACAAACGAGGUUCAUCCCUAAUCUUUAGGUACUACAUUGCUCCCAUCGCAGCUACACAGUAACUGCCUCAGUCCUAAUGUACCAAUGCAUUUAUUACAUUGUGUUUAUUCGCUAAGUGUUAUUCCACAAUCACCAAAGUAGAGAUUUUGACCUCAUGUAGAGAUGUAUGUGUAAAGUGGUCACUGUAAAUAAUUUAGUAUAAAUGUUUCAUGUGAAUCCGUUAUGCUAGAUUGUCAAAGUACACUCGGGGGUUAUAAAUAUAUUUUGUUUCAAUGUAUUAUUUGUUUUUAAUAAAAUACCAGAUUAAAUUAAA